GAGCCGCUCGGACCGGAUCGCCCGUAUUUAAGCGCGCACCCGUGCGACCCCCCUCAAAGCACUCGGAUCGUACCGGUACGAACGGCGAGCACGCACACAACACAAGAAGGGAAGGAGGGGAAAAAAGGAAGACGGAGGCCAUGGUGGUGGUUACAGUUGAGAAGGACGAGACGGGCGAGCCGGAGCUGCUGCUGGAGCGCAGCCGGGCGAUCACGCUCCAGGGCCGCGACAGGAAGGGCCGCGCCGUCGUCAGGAUCGUCGGCAACUACUUCCCAGCGCGAGCGCUGGGCGGGCGGGCGGAGGAGGCACUGCGGGGUUACCUGCGGGAGCGCAUGCUCCCGGCGAUCGGGGGCCGGGAUUUCGUGGUCGUGUACAUGCACUCGCGCGUGGACCGCGGCGGCAACUUCCCCGGCGUCGGCGCGAUCCGCGCGGCCUACGAGUCGCUGCCGGCCGGCGACAAGGGGAGGCUGCGCGCCGUCUACUUCGUGCACCCGGCCCUCCAGUCCAGGUUCUUCUUCGCCACCUUCGGCCGCUUCCUCUUCAGCUCCGGGCUGUACGAGAAGCUGAGGUACAUGAGCAGGCUCGAGUACGUGUGGGCGCACAUGGACAAGGGGCAGCUCGAGGUCCCGGACUGCGUGCGCGAGCAUGACGAGGAGCUUGAGCGCCGCCCGCUCAUGGACUACGGCAUCGAGGCCACGGAGAGCCGCUGCAUGUACGACGCCGCGUCCAUGGACACCUCGGCCUCCCUGCACUCGCUCCGCUACGUCUCCUAGCCGCCGCCAGGCGGGGGCACUUCUAUGUUCUUCUAGUUCUAGGUGACAGUACCGUAGUGUUAGCUUACAAGGCCUCUUGCCUGGUUUGAUGGAGGACCUUGCAGUACCAUAGUUUAGAUGUGUAAAGGAUAAGGAGAUCCAAAUAUUUUUUUGGAUUCAAGGAGAUGGCUUUGGCUUUGCCUGCAUGUGUGCAAGAGUAACAAGGAAAAGACGAUAAAAGAGACGCGAUUCCCGAACCA